AUGGAUGUGUCAGGAAAUAAAAAGAAAAAAGCGAAAAAGGAGAAGCCGUACGUAUCGAUUGAAUUCGACAUUCUAAAACCGGGCGGCAAUAAAUAUAGCGAAAUUGAUUAUCAAGAAUUGAAAAGACGCGAAAAUGUAUCGGAAAUUGGAGAGGAAAGUAGUUUAGAUGGAGAUUUGCAUAAUAUUGGAGCUGUUGAUUUUAUCCGAAGAUUGGAGGCGAAAUACAGCAAAAAAGGCAAAAAAUAUCGAUUUGAGGAGGAUGACGUGGCAAAUAAGAAGUAUGAUGGAUAUGAGGAUGAGGAUGGAUUUAUUGAUGAUAGUGAGGCAUUCGAAGAGCAACUUCCAUCGACAAUGGAAACUAUUAAGGGAGGAUUUUAUGUGAAUCGAGGAAGUUUGGAGCUGAAAGGUUUGGUUUAUCAUGAAGAUUGGGGAUUUCUGGUCAUUUUGACACCAAAUACAUAUAUUUUCGGGUGAAAAUGGUGUUUGAUGUCAAAAAUUCCACGUCAUAAUGAUUUUUAAAUGUUUUCCAGAACUCAACGAAUCGCAAUUCGUUGUUGACGAAGAUGAUGAUGAAGAAAGUGUGAUGGAAGAAUCGACUUCAACAAGUGCAGAGAAAAAGAAGCUCUCCUCAGCUGCAGCACCAACUUCCAGCCAAAUUUCAGCCGCAGAACCGGCGAGAAUGGUGGGACUUCCGCCAAGUGGAAGUAGUCGAAUGGUCGGCGGACCACCCACGAUGAAAAGGGCUUUUGGUAGUAGUGAAGCAGAUCGAGCAGCACAGGAAGCGAAGAGAAAGAAAAUGUUGGCGCAGGCGAUAGUGGCGACACCAGCUGCUCCAGCUCCAGCUAAAAAAGUUCCGGAAGUUGUGAAGGAGAAAACAACUGAUAGUGUUAUUGUUUUGGAUGAUGAUAUUGUGGAGAAGGUACGGGGUGAAAAUAUUGCAGACCAUAUGGUCUGCUGGUAAAUGAAGAAUGCAACGAAAAUACUAGCAGACCAAAUGGUCUGCUCGUUUAUUUCUCUGCGCUCUCAAAGCAGCAGACCAAAUGGUCUGCUCGUUUAUUUCUCUGCGCUCUCUAAUCAGCAGACCAAAUGGUCUGCUCGUUUAUUUCUCUGCGCUCUCAAAGCAGCAGACCAAAUGGUCUGCUCGUUUAUUUCUCUGCGCUCUCUAAUCAGCAGACCAAAUGGUCUGCUCGUUUAUUUCUCUGCGCUCUCUAAUCAGCAGACCAAAUGGUCUGCUCGUUUAUUUCUCUGCGCUCUCAAAGCAGCAGACCAAAUGGUCUGCUCGUUUAUUUCUCUGCGCUCUCUAAUCAGCAGACCAAAUGGUCUGCUCGUUUAUUUCUCUGCGCUCUCUAAUCAGCAGACCAAAUGGUCUGCUCGUUUAUUUCUCUGCGCUCUCAAAGCAACAGACCAAAUGGUCUGCUCGUUUAUUUCUCUGCGCUCUCUAAUCAGCAGACCAAAUGGUCUGCUCGUUUAUUUCUCUGCGCUCUCAAAGCAACAGACCAAAUGGUCUGCUCGUUUAUUUCUCUGCGCUCUCUAAUCAGCAGACCAAAUGGUCUGCUCGUUUAUUUCUCUGCGCUCUCAAAGCAGCAGACCAAAUGGUCUGCUCGUUUAUUUCUCUGCGCUCUCUAAUCAGCAGACCAAAUGGUCUGCUCGUUUAUUUCUCUGCGCUCUCAAAGCAGCAGACCAAAUGGUCUGCUCGUUUAUUUCUCUGCGCUCUCUAAUCAGCAGACCAAAUGGUCUGCUCGUUUAUUUCUCUGCGCUCUCUAAUCAGCAGACCAAAUGGUCUGCUCGUUUAUUUCUCUGCAGUUGCAAAUCAGCAGACCAUAUGGUCUGCUAGAUAAUGUUGAGCAAAGAAUUUUGAGGCCAAAUUAAUCAAGUUUGGGCUCAGAAUGCUCCGCUUUUGCUGCUGGAAGUGUAGAAUUUCAAACAAAGAUACAAUUUUUUGCAGACCUCCUCCGAUCCACCCGCCACAAAACCAUCAACACCACUGAAACCUUCCACAUCAACCGCCACCUCAAACACACCGAUUUCCACACCAAAACCCGUCGAAAAAACGCCUGAAAAACUUGUAUCUCUAUCACCAGCUUCUUUGGCACUCGUGAAUCCACAAAAAUUAACGGCGUUGAUGGCUGUUGUGCCGAAAUUACCGAUGACGCCAGCGCCCAGAAAAGCAGUGAUUGACAAGCUUCUUACUGAAUUUAUCACGAGUUCUAUCGAAUAUUUUGCAAGUGGAAAGAAAAGAUUGACUGAUGGAUUGGUUAAUUUGAUUCUUAAGUGAGUUUUUGGCUAAAAAAAAAUUCAGCUAAGUAACUUUUAAAAAUUCCCUUCAGAAUCGAGGAAUUCUACAAAAAAGAGCACAUUCCGAAAAUUCAACGUGGAAAAAUACAAGAGCAAAUCGCCUCCUAUUUAUCGAUACACCGUGCAACUGUCACGUCAAGAAUGCAGCAAAGAAUUACGGAAAUUGAGAAUGCGGCGAAAAAAGUGGAAAAGGAUGAUGAUAUUCAAGUGGUAGGUGGAUUUUGGGAGGAAAUUGGGGAUUUUUCGGUGAAAAAUGGCCAAAUUAUCGAUUUUUGCAGAUUCCAACACCAAAAGCCGCCUCAAAUCCUCCAGAGAAGAAAAAAUUGGUUGUGAAAAUGGGAGAUGUGAAAGAUUGGUCUGCAUCUGAAGUUUCGGUGAGAUUUUUUUGAUUUUUCACAAAAGCAAAUGCGCUCCAAUAACUAGCAGACCAAAUGGUCUGCUGCUUUGAGAAGGCAGAGAAAUAAACGAGCAGACCAUUUGGUCUGCUGUUUAGCGAGCGAGAGGAAAAACAACCAGCAGACCAUUUGGUCUGCUGAUUGGAGAGCGAAGAGAAAUAAACGGGCAGACCAUUUGGUCUGCUGUUUAGAGAGCGCAGAGAAAAAAAACGAGCAGACCAUAUGGUCUGCUAGUUAUUUUUAUGCUCAAAAAUCCACUAAAAUUAAAUUUUCAGAAAAUAAACGAGGCUCUCGAUACUGUGUUGCAAACCGUGACAAUUCCGGAAAAUGUCUUCAAGUAUGUGCUUCAUGAGGCGAAUAAAAAUGGCUGGAACAUUGGUCAUGCUAGCCAAAAAAUGCUAUUUUAUCGUGAUAAAGAUAUUCCUCAAAUUCCCGCUGCCCCUCAAAAUUCAACAGAAAAUCAAUCAAAACCCAUGCGAAAAUCGCGAGUUUAUUUGAAUGUUUGGGUCAAAGAAUCGACGGAAUUUUUCGAUGUUCAGAUGCGAAAAAAGCAGCCUGAAAUGAAUAUGGCUAGAAUAACGGAGAAUCGAGAACAAGUUGUGAAGACAUUGAAUAUUCAGAAGGAGAAAUCGAAAGAGUUUUAUAGGAAAUCAGUGGUGGAGUGAGUGAUUUUUGGGUGAAAAAUGGAAUUUUUCGAGUUUUUUCCAGCGCUAAACGAAAUAGUACAGCCGUGCCCAACUAUGCCUUUCAAUUUUCCGAUCUUUUGAUGUAAGUUGUGUUUUUCCCGCCAAAAAUUCAAAUUCAAAUUUUGCUUUCAGCGCUCAUCUUCAUCAAUUCUUGGAGGACAUUUAUUCGUUGGCAGUUUUCCAGAAAAAUAAAAGUCUUGUGGUUACGACGAUUACUAGUUUGUACGAACCUGUAAAGGAGGAUAUUACGCAAUCGUGAGUGUUUUGCAAUGAAAUAAAGCGGCAGACCAUUUGGUCUGCUGAUUAGAGAGAGCGCAGAGAAAUAAACGAGCAGACCAUUUGGUCUGCUGAUUGGAGAGCGCAGAGAAAUAGACGAGCAGACCAUUUGGUCUGCUGAUUAGAGAGCGCAGAGAAAUAAACGAGCAGACCAUUUGGUCUGCUGAUUGGAUAGCGCAGAGAAAUAAACGAGCAGACCAUUUGGUCUGCUGAUUAGAGAGCGCAGAGAAAUAAACGAGCAGACCAUUUGGUCUGCUGAUUAGAGAGCGCAGAGAAAUAAACGAGCAGACCAUAUGGUCUGCUCUAGAAACGUGGAAACGUUUUCAGACUCAAAUCAAAUGAUAUUUUUGGCUGAAAUAAAUUGAUAUGAAACUUGAAUUUUUUAAAUGUGGCGCGAAAAUCUAAAAUUCAAAAUUUCAGCCUAUUUAUCGUCGAAAUCUGUCGUCGCCUACCAAAAAUCUCAUUCAUCCUCGAAACUCCAGAAUGCAAGAAAAUUAUGAGUGAAUCGAAGCUAUUUGUCGACAAAUUUCAAGUUGUCCAAAAUUCGAGAUAUUCUCUGAAAUGGCCUGAAGGAACUGGGCCAAGUAGUGAAAAAGGUGAGCAUUUUUGGAGGUGAAAUUUUAGAUUUUUGGGGGAAAAUGAGCUUGUGGCCUAGAAAUCCAAAUUUUUUCUCUCUUCCAGACUCGUCCCCCAUCAAAAUUGCAUCAAAAAUGCAAAUUCCAUCAACAUCGACCUCGAAUUCAGCUUCAGCACUUCCGAAACCUCCAGCUUCAACUAUUCAACCUUCAACCUCUUCAGCUUCUUCUUCCGCGCAGGUAAAAACUCCGACCACAUCUUCAAAUUUUCAACAAUUUUUUGGCGAAAGAACGCCGUUGAGAGAGAAUUGCGGUGAGAUUCGCCGAAUGACUGGCAAACCACCGAGAAAAUAAAGAGAGAGAGAGAGAUUUGAGAGAGUGCAGAGAAAAAACAUUGCUCAGGUUAGGGAAAAAUUCUGAAAAUCUAGAUUUCUAGCUCUAAAAAUCCCCUAAACCCCCUGAAAUCCUGCAUGAUUUUCCCCCACAUUUUUUUUCUCUGCUCUCUCUCUCAUUUUUGCAUGCUCUCUCUCUCUCCCUGGUUUCUCUAAUUCUCUCAAUUUUCCACACUAUUUUUCUAAUGUCCACUUCUCACAUAUUUUUCCCUCAUUUUUCUUGUAAAAUAUCAUUUUUUUUGGUGUUGUGUGGUGAAUAAAAAAUCCUGAGUUUUAUCAUUUUUGGUGUAAUUUGUGCUGAAAUUUUGUGCUGAAAAUCGAGCAUUUUUGGAAUUUUUCAGCCGUCUUCCGCUUCUGCCACAACAAUAUCUGCAUCGAGCCUGAAUGGGCUGGGAUUGAUAAAAGGUCGGCGGCUCUGAAAAUGAUGAAAAAUUGUGGAUUUUUACAGGAAUGGCUGAUCAAUUUGUGGAGAUGUUCAAGAAGAAUCCAACGCAGGCUUCGGUUUUGUUCAAUGUAGGCUUUUACGGGCUGAAACGGGCUAUUUUUUGACACCAAAUAAGCCUGGGCCCCUAGAAAAACAGCAGACCAUAUGGUCUGCUGAUUAUUUUUCGCCCCUCAAACAGCAGACCAAAUGGUCUGCUCGUUUAUUUCUCUGCGCUCUCUAAUCAGCAGACCAAAUGGUCUGCUCGUUUAUUUCUCUGCGCUCUCUAAUCAGCAGACCAAAUGGUCUGCUCGUUUAUUUCUCUGCGCUCUCUAAUCAGCAGACCAAAUGGUCUGCUCGUUUAUUUCUCUGCGCUCUCUAAUCAGCAGACCAAAUGGUCUGCUCGUUUAUUUCUCUGCGCUCUCUAAUCAGCAGACCAAAUGGUCUGCUCGUUUAUUUCUCUGCGCUCUCUAAUCAGCAGACCAUAUGGUCUGCUCGUUUAUUUCUCUGCGCUCUCUAAUCAGCAGACCAUAUGGUCUGCUAAUUAUUUUUCGCCCGUCAAACAGCAGACCAUAUGGUCUGCUAAUUAUUUUUCGCCCGUCAAACAGCAGACCAUAUGGUCUGCUGUUUUUGAUGAGCCAUGUUCCUUUAAAAAUACAGUAAUCCAGUGAUUUUUCCAGAAUUUUGGCUUGCAAUACGGCGAAGAAGCGGGAAAAAUAUUGCAUGAGAAAAUACUUGAAAGUGCAAAAAAAAUGGACGACGAAAAGAAGAAGGAAGAAGCUGAAAAACAGCGAAAAGUCAGAGAGGAAUUAGAGAAAAAAAGGAAAAUCGAGGAGGAAUUAGAGAAACGAAGACGAAUGGAAGAGAUUGCAGAGAAGCAGAGAAAAAUGGCGGAAGAGAAAAGAAUGGAGAAAAUGAGGAGGGAAAAAGAAGCGAGAGAGAAGAAGGAGAGAGAGAUUAGAGAAGCGAGAGAGAAGAAGGAGAGAGAGGCGAGAGAAGCGAGAGAACGGAAAGAACGAGAGGAAAGAGAGAGGCAGGAGGCUAUUGAGAUAUUGAGAAGGCAAGAGGAGGAGAGAAAGAGGAAACAGGUAAGGGAAUUUGGCACGAAAUUUGAAAAUAGCGCGAAAUUUGGAGCAUUUUGACACCAAAAACACCAUAAUUCGCUAAUUUUUUUGAAGCCGGACGAGAAAAUGCGCUCCAAUGAGAAUAUAUCGAAAAAUCCACGUUUUUUGACCCAAAAACAUGCUUUUUUAAGCGAAAUUUGAUGAAAAAUGGUGGUUUUUGACCUAAAAAUCAAGAAAAAUCAAUAUUUCCUCAUUGGAGCGCAUUUUCUUGUCCGAAUUUGAAAAUUUAAUCGAAAUUUUGGUUCUGCCGGCAAAAAUUAUCGCAGAAAAUUUGAAUUUUUCGAUUUUCGCGCAAGCAAACGCGCUCCACCGCAAAAAUAUCGAAAUUCCACGUUUUUCUCAUUGGAGCGCAUUUGCUUGUCCGAAUUCAAAAAAAAAUUGCAAAAUUUUUUGCAGGAAGCUGAAGAAAUGGCAAAACUUGAAGAAGAACGAAGAAUUCGGUUGGAAAAAGUGAGAAUUUUUGAAAAUUUUUGAAAAAUUCCCGAAUUUUGAUGUAGUUUUUUGUGAAAAAUUGAAAUUUUUGACCAAAAAUUCAAAAAAAAAACUGAAAAAAAUGAUGAAAAUUAGGAAGCGGCUGAAGUUUUGGAAAAUUUGGAGCAAGAUAAUAUGGCUGACGAAAUCGAGAAGAGCAAAAAUGAGGAAUUGAGAUUGGAGCAGGUUUGCUCACAUAUGAGAAUGGUGGCGGGAAAUUUUGAAAAUUCAAAAAAAUGUCGCUUAAAAUUCCUUUGUUUUUCUCUGCAUGUCUCUCUAAGUUUAGCUCUAACCUCUCUGGGAAAUUUCGCCCGCCAAAAAAAAAUUUGAAUUUUUUUUUGCAGGAAAAAUUGGAGAAUGAAAAGAUUGCCGAGAGAGCACGCGAAUUGGAGAGACUUAGACAUAAUUCGAGAGAGGAAUUGGAGCGAAAACCGAUUGUUGUGAAGCAAAGUGGUAAGGGAAUUUGGUUUUGACUGAAAAUUUGGCUGAAAAUGAUGAAUUUUAAGCUAAAAUUCAUGAAAAUUUAUGAAUUUUAAGCUUAGAAUCGAAUUUUCAAGCAAAAUUCUAUGAAAAUUCAAUUUUGAAGGCUAAAAUUCAUGGAAUAUUUGAUUUUUGGCUGAAAAUAAGGAAUUUCAAGCCUAAAAUUGACUUUUUUAGCUAAAAUUUGUGAAAAUUCGGGAAUUUUGACCUAAAAUACAUGAAAUUCUCAAAUUUUUGUGCAAUUUUUUGCCACGUGGCUUAUUUCAAGUUGAAAUUUGUGAAAAAUGAUGCAUUUUCAGCCUAGAAUCAAAUUUUUGAAAUUCAUGGAAAAUUCAAUUUGAAGGCUGAAAUUCAUGGAAUAUCUGAUUUUUGGCUGAAAAUCUCAGGCAAAUCGUCCCACCGGUGUAACACCAAUUCUCCACUCACUCAACACCUUCUCUUCAUUAAUCCCACCGGUGGGCCCACCGGUGGGAAACCGGUGGUCACAAAUUUGAUAAUAGCACCGGUGUACCACCACCUUAACACUCGCUUAACACCGUUUGAACACCGUCUGAACACCAAAAAGAGGUGUUCCACCGGUGUUUUUGUUUAUUUUUCCCACCGGUUUCCCACCGGUGGGAAAAAUAAACAAAAACACCGGUGGACUUUUUUUUUAAACACCGGUGGACGAUUUGGAAAAAUAAACAAAAACACCGGUGGACGAUUUGCCUGAGAUAAGGAAUUUCAAGCCAAAAAUUGAUUUUUUGAGCUGAAAUUCAUGAAAAUUGAUGAAUUUUGACCUGAAAUACUUGAAAUUUUCAAAUUUUGUUGAAAUUUUUUGCCACGUGGCUCAUUUCAAGCUAAACUUUGUGAAAAACGAUGAUUUUUCAGCCUAUAAUCAAAUUUCUAAGUGAAAUUUCAUGAAAAUUCAAUUUGAAGGUUAAAAUUCAUUUGAUUUUUUGCUGAAAAUGAUGAAUUUUGAGCUGAAAAUGUCUGAAAAUUAAAAAAAAAAUGAUGAAAUUCGACCUAAAUUCAUUACAAAUUCAACUUUUUAAGCUGAAAAUCAUGAAAACUUCAAUUUUUUAGCCUAAAAUUGAUUUUUUAAGCUGAAAUAUGUGAAAACUUCAAUUUUUUAGCCUAAAAUCCAUCAAAAAUCCCCUAUUUUUCACCCAAAUUCAAAUUUUUUGCAGUUUCCGCCCAUCAAUACACCAAUCCACCUCCGCCACCAAAACCACUCAUCAAAAUCAAACAAGAAAUCAGCAGCGAAGCCGCUGGAUUCACACAAACAUCACAAAACCCGAAUUUAGGCCCAGGUUCGGGCCUUAAUUUGGGCCUAAAUCAAAAUUUGAGCCAAAAUCAGCAAUUUAAUUAUGGAGCGGCUCAAAAUACACAAAAUUAUGGAAUUGGUCAACAAAUGUUUGCCAAUGGCAAUCAGGUGGGGAAAAUAUGGGAUUUUUUGAGCAAAAAUGAGCCCCGGAGCAUGUUUUUAUGCUUCAAAAUUGAAUUCAGACGAGCAAAUGCGCUCCAAUGCAAAAUUUGUCGAUUUUCAUGCAUUUUGAGCCAAAUUUUCGCAUUUUUUGCUCCAAAAAUUCAAAUUCGCAGCUUCAAAUGCGCUCCAAUGCAAAAUAUACAAUUUUCAGCUGGAAAUGCGAGUUCUUUCACUAAAAACUAUGAAUUUUGAGCCAUUUUUGUCCCGAAAUCGAAAAUUUCCCAGAAAAUUCAAAUUCGGAGAGGCAAAUGCGCUCCAAUGAGAAAAAUGUGAUUUUUAGCUCGAAAUACACCAAAAACCUGCAUUUUUGAAUGAAAAUUUGAAUUCAGACGAGCAAAUGCGCUCCAAUGCAAAAUUUUACAAUUUUCAUGCAUUUCGAGCCAAAUUUUCGCAUUUUUUGCUCCAAAAUUUCAAAUUCGGUGCUUCAAAUGCGCUCCAAUGCAAAAUUUCCAAUUUUACCCUGAAAUCAUGCAUUUUGAGCCAAUUUUUCGCAUUUUUUGCUCCAAAAAUUCAAAUUCGGAGAGGCAAAUGCGCUCCAAUGAGAAAUAUUCGAUUUUUAGCUGAAAAUCCGUGUUCUUUCACUAAAAACUAUGAAUUUUGAGCCAUUUUUGUCCCGAAAUCGAAAAUUUCCCAGAAAAUUCAAAUUCGGAGAGGCAAAUGCGCUCCAAUGAGAAAAAUGUGAUUUUUAGCUCGAAAUACACCAAAAACACUGCAUUUUUGAAUGAAAAUUUGAAUUCGGGGAGGCAAAUGCGCUCUAAUGCAAAUUUUUUCAAUUUUCAUGCAUUUUGAGCCAAUUUUUCGCAUUUUUUGCUCCAAAAAUUCAAAUUCGGAGAGGCAAAUGCGCUCCAAUGAGAAAAAUGUGAUUUUUAGCUCGAAAUACACCAAAAACCCUGCAUUUUUGAAUGAAAAUUUGAAAUCGGAGAGGCAAAUGCGCUCCAAUGAGAAAAAUAUCGAUUUUUCUUGAUUUCUAGCUCAAAAUCCAUCAUUUUUCAUUAAAAAUCGAAUAAUUUUUCAAAUUCGGAGCUUCAAAUGCGCUCUAAUGCAAAAUUUCCAAUUUUACCCUAAAAUCAUGCAUUUUGAGCCAAAUUUUCCCAUUUUUUGCUCCAAAAAUUCAAAUUCGGAGCUUCAAAUGCGCUCCAAUGCAAAAUAUAUUCCAGAUGCUUCCCACAUCUUCAACUUCUUCAAAUUUAACAAGUCCUCAAAGAAUUCCACAAAGUCCACAACAAUAUUUACAACAGGUUGGUGUUUUUUGGCUGAAAAUCGUGCUGAAAAUGAGAUUUUUGAGCAAAAAUACGCUGAAAAUCGUGUUUUUUGGCUCAAAAUUACCCGUUUUCGAACAAUUUUUGAACUCGGAGAGUCAAAUGCGCUCUAAUGAGAAAAUAUCGCAUUUUUUGCAGUCACCAAUGGGUUUUCAACAAUCACCGGUUCAAUAUACUCAACAGCAGCAAAAUAUGUAUCAACAACAGCAGAAUUUGAUGAGACAGGUGAGAUUUUUGGGCGCCACGUGGAAUUUGGAGCAUUUUGAGCCCAAACAUGACUAGUUUUGGAUGGAAAUGGGGAUUUUGGAGCAUUUUGAGCCCAAACACCUUCAUGUUUGGGCUCAAAAUGCUCAGAAAUCCACGUGGAAGUCAGAUUUUCUACUUCCAGCUCAAAAUUUGGAGCAUUUUGAGCCCAAACACCCAAAUUCAAGCUCAAAUUGAAAAUAUUUCAAAUCCACGUGGUUUUUAGAGCAUUUAGAGCCCAAAUACCCUCAUAUUUGGGCUCAAAAUGCUCAGAAAACCACGUGGAUUUCAGAUUUUCCACUUCCAGCUCAAAAUCUGAAAAUUUCCAGCAGCAAAAUCAGCCGCAACAAUACCCAACUUCUUGGAUGGAACAACAACGCCAACAAGAUUUCGCCACAGCUCAACAAUUUCAGCUCCAACGUCAAAUGCAACAGCAGCAAUUUCAGCAACAGCAACAAUUCCAGCCCCAAAAUCUUCCGCAAAAUAAUUUCCAAUAUGGUCCGCCGGGUUUCAAUGGUCCUCGAUAG